GCCAAUCUUUGUUGGGGAAAUCUCAAGCUCGAAGCCGGCUAGUACAUGUAAGAGAAUAUUUUCAGUAAUUUAAAACAGAUAUUUCAAGGUAUAAGACUUCAAACUUGCUUUGAAAACACAUAAUUGCUAACAGUAAGACUUAGGAAGUUCUGCAUCAUAAAGCUGUUCUCUAGUUUGCUGUCAUACUGAAAAUUGGCAUUUUUAAGAAAUUCUGUCCUAAAACCCAGGUUUUGGGGCAGCUCUGUCUAGCUGUAACCUUAAAUAUCUGAAAUCAAAGCGAGGAUAUUUCAAGGUUUUAGCAUUAACAGUAUGGUUAAAAAUUCAAUAUAUACAAUGCUGAAGCCAUGCAUGCUGUUGCUCUUAAUAUGGUUAAUAUUUAGUUAGAUACUUAAUAGUGUCUCCCUACUCAAGGAAUGUGCAUGAAUGUAAGUCUUCAUGUUACGGUCCCUGUUGUUUUUUCCACCUCACAUUUCAUUUGUUGGUGGGCAGACUGAAUGGAUGGGACAUCAUUCUGAGAAAACCAGGGUGACUGUCUUAAGUGUCUAUAAUAAAAUCACAAUCAGGAAAAGUGAUUAUUGUGGAAAUAGUAGAAGUCUCUGUUAAAUUUGACAUUUUUAUUAUUCAAUUAAUUAAUCCCCUGUAAAGUAGUUUUUUUCAUCAAGUUCUGUAGUUUUCUCCUAAUGCAGGCAGUGCAGGGAGUCAGGUUAGGUGGUUGGGGUGACAACAGAUGUGUCAGGAUUCCAUGUUUGUCCUGUUCUUGGACUUUGUCAGGUAAGUAAAGGAGAACAUUAUUUUUGUUACUUAAUUUUAGUAAUUAGAGUAUUUGAUUUCUGUGUUUGACCAUCUUGUAGUCAAUUGUUAAGAGGCUUGACCUAAGGUCUAGCUAUCAAAUACACAAGACUUUUCUUGGUGAGGUUUACUGCUUUCAGUUUCUGCCUCAUCUCUGCUAUGCUGGUAUCCAAGAUUGCCAUAGUUGUUUUCUGAAGGUGUAUAAUUUGCAGUGAAGCAUUUCAAGACAAAUAGUUAAACUAACCUCUCUGUCACACUGCUGCAUGGACUUUGGAACUAUUAUUAGCUGUUCAGUCAUUUUAGUUCACAGUAUUUUCAUCUUGCAUCCAAACUUUGUUUUACUUUGUUACUUACUCAGGUGGUAAGUCUAAUGCUUCUUACACUAGAUUUAAACUGUGGAAAAUUAUUGUUUAAGUAUUAGAGAAAUACUGAAGCUGCUGUUAAAGUUCUCUCACCUGAAAAUAGUUCUUCAGGUUUAAUAUUUUGAAAUAUUUAAAAAAUAUUCUCGAUCUGCUUGAAAAUUUGAAGAAUAUUUUUAAAUUACUCUAAGAAGUUUUCUGUUGAUACAGACUUCUAGAAGAACUGGAAAAUACCCUCACUGUUUUCAGGGAAGUCCAGAGACCUCUGGAUUGCAGUUGAUCAUUGGAAGUAGGUCAUGGUAUAGAACAACUGUGAAGCCACAAGGCGUAUGUUGGAUCCACAAAUAUGCCAAGUUAUGUUGCAGUUGUCGUAGUCUCAAGAUUUUUUGUAGCCAUAAAGGAUAGAAAUAGUUCAGGUGAAAAGUUUAACUUUGCUUCAGCAACUUCAAGAUCUUUGGUAACAGAUGAGAGACAUACAGUGUAUGCAUCUUCUGCUAGUGCUGUCCAUACUCGGUCCUGACAAAAGUAAAAUCACUUAUGGUAUAACUUUUUACUUUAUCUCUCUUCCUUCCCUUUCCUCAACUUUUCUCUUUGUAAUCUACUUCUCUAUCAAAAACAGCUAUGGAAGAAUGACCUCAGUUCUUCUCAGGCUUGUAAGUAGUACUACCUGGCAGUAGUCAGGCUUCAGUUUGUUAUUGGUGAUAGGGAAAACAGUGAACUCAACUCUGCUUAUCACUGUUGUAUAUUUUCUACCUGAGAAAAUUCCUGUCUGAUCAGAUGAAAAAGUAGAUGACAAAUGAAGACUCAUGUGUAGUUCCUAAUUUUUUUGAAAGUUGUAUUUUCUGCAAUACAUAGCAAUGUCUUUUAACCUUUUCUUGACAAUGCGAUUACCAGUUUUUAUACAGACUGGUGUGGAAAACUUGGAAGGAAAUAUUUGACAACCCAACUUUGACCUGCUGGCACAGUGUCAUGUACAGUGGAAGUGCCUCUUCUGAUGUACUGGAGGAUUAGUUUGACUGGGAUGAAAAGUAAUUCACACUUUGUUCUCUUUACUGUUUCCUGCAACUGCUCAUUUUCCCUACAGUUACUGCUCAUUUUUUCUUUCUUCCUUAUUCAUAAUAAUACAAACUUGUAAUUUGUUGCUACUUUACAUGUUUUUGUGUGUGUUAGCUUUCUUAUACUUCAAUGCUGUUUUACCUGAACACGACAAAGAACACUUUGAUGGAGAAGGGAAAAGGGCAUAUCAAGUCUGUAAUGAAUCAGUUAUGUAAAUCUAGUAUAUAAUUUACAAUCACCAAUUUCCUGAAAUGUUCUUUUUAAAAACAGUAAAAUCUACCUUUGUAUUUUAGAAUGUGAAUUGUGUGUGCAUCAGACUGACUGAAGCUGAAUGUUUUGUGAGACAUAAUUUGUAAGAUAGCUUUUUUUUGUAGGUAGACUAAAGGUUUUCUUUCAUUUCACUCUGGAAUUCAAAUGUGAGAUUUAGAUUUAUUAACUAAAGUGUAUACUCAGUUAAAUCCUGAAUUAAAUUAAUCCUUGCUCAUAGUUCAGAGUUGUGUUGAAGUAAAAAUAGUUAUUACUAUUACAGGAUGAAGUUUUGUCAUAUCUUAAAAAAAUGCAAACCUGUUUGGAUCUGUUGGUCGCAGCUGCUUUUUUAUUAGUAUUAUCUGAAUGCAGGUGAAAACUGUAAUCUUCUGAGCUCUACUGCUAUUAGAUUUCUUUAUCAGCCUGAGCAGUGUUACACUAAUAAGCCAUUUCUGGUGGAAAUAGCCUUAAAGGUGUUAAAUAGAAUGUGUAGAUCUCUUGUUUAAGAUCCUGAUGUAAUUUAAUUCUGGUUAGAGAAGGUGGUUAAACCAUGUUGGUUGGCUAUUGGAGCAUCAAUCUAAUUUAAUACACAUUAUUUUCACAUCGGAGCAAGAAACUUGAUAGCAACACUAAGGAAAUUGAGAAUCUGGUAGUAUAAAAAAUACUUUUAUUUGAAUAUAUGUGUAACAUUCUGGGAUGAUCAGAAACCUCAGACUAAGACUUAAAAAGUCAGGGAAUAUUGGUGGCAUUAAUUAGGGAGUAAACAUUGAAUCAAAGACAUUCCAUGUGGUUCUGAUGAGCUAGAACUCUGUUUUUUAACUACCAUGUAGAAUAUGUAAGAAAAUCAGUCCUCAUGUAAUGCAAUUCCAGCAUGACUCUUUUGAUUACUGGUCUAUUUUUUUUUCUUUUGUAUUGGAAAAUGGAGAUCAUGAAGUUAAAAAAAAAUAAAUAAAUUAGUGUUGUGUUUUCCUGUAGCACAGCAGCAAAUUGUGUAGUUACUGGUUUAAAGAAAAUUAAUCUUUACUGUAGAGCAGUUGUGGUAUUUGGGGAAUUUAUCAUAUAGAUGAGAAACAGAAGUGAAUGAAUGCAUUAUAAUCAGCCAAGCUAAAUAUGCAUGAAAUGUCAUUUUUUUGUUGUUUGCACUCUUACUUGUGUGUUAAUCUGUCUCCAAGAAAAUAAAAAUUGAGAUUCUUAGGUGAACUAGCUUAACCUAAGAGAAGAGGAGUAGAAGAUAAUUUGUACAAAUUGCACUUUGUUUUGCCAGAUAUAUUGAACAGAGUCAACCUCAGCUCAUCACGAAGGGGGAUACAGAAUGGUGCACCCAGUAGAGGUACAGUUACUACAUUCGAGCCUGACAGUCACCAUUAUGCGACACCUGCCUCCAGCCCCAGUGCCAUGCCCGUUUCAUCAGUCUUUCAGUCUGUAUCCAGACCUACAACUAGCUCUGUAGCAGUUCAGCUAUUGUCUAUACCAGUGAAUGUUUCAGAAACUUCACAAAUGCUGCAGAGACCAGUUGCUGGAUGUUUAUCAACACAGCAGAUGCCUGGGUCAAGUUCUGGAAUACCACAGCCUGUUACCAGACCUGUAACCCUUCCAGUGACGACACAGCCAGUAUCAAGAGCUAUCACGGUUCCUGUAGUGGAUCAACCUGUAUCCAGGGCAGUGACUACUGUAACUGCACAGCCUGGGUUACUCAAUCAGGAUUAUAUUAUGGAUUCUCCACCAGCUGCACCAGAUAAUACAUCUGGUAUACUGUUUGGUGUGAGACAGAACUCGGGAGUUCCACAGUACCAGACUGGGCCAGCAGUGAAUGUAACAGAUACAAAUGUUGCAUCAAACACCAUUAAAAAUGGAGGACCUUAUCCACGAGCUUGUCCAAAGUGCAAUAUUCAUUUCAAUCUGAUGGAUCCUCUAAAAAAUCAUAUGAAGUAUUGUUGUCCAGAUAUGGUAAAUAAUCUUUUCCCAGCAGUGGCCAAAACAGAAUGUUCAAGCGCAAGCAAGAUUGCUGAAUCUGAGAAAGGAAAAUUGAUUAUGUUAGUUAACGACUUUUAUUAUGGGAAGCAUGAAGGUGACACCCAGCAGGUACAACAGGAGCAGAAGACUCAUACAACAUUUAAGUGCUUCAGUUGUCUGAAAGUUCUUAAAAAUAACAUAAGGUUUAUGAACCACAUGAAACAUCACUUGGAGCUUGAGAAGCAGAGCAGUGAAAGUUGGGAAAGCCACACAACCUGCCAGCACUGUUACCGUCAGUUUCCCACCCCAUUCCAGCUGCAGUGCCACAUUGAAAGCACACACACGCCUUACGAGUCAUCUACAAUUUGUAAAAUAUGUGAAUUAUCCUUUGAAACUGAGCAAGUUCUUUUGCAACAUAUGAAGGACAAUCAUAAGCCAGGUGAAAUGCCGUAUGUUUGCCAGGUAUGCAACUACAGGUCCUCAGCUUUUUCAGAUGUAGAAACACAUUUUAGAACAGUUCAUGAAAACACAAAGCAUUUGCUAUGCCCAUUUUGCCUCAAAGUAAUUAAAAUUGGAGCACCAUAUAUGCAUCACUACAUGAGACAUCAGAAAAAAGGCAUAUACCGUUGCACUAAGUGCAGGCUGCAAUUUUUGACAUGCAAAGAGAAAAUGGAUCACAAGACUCAGCAUCACCGAACAUUUAGGAAACCCAAGCAGUUAGAAGGAUUGCCUCCUGGAACAAAGGUGACUAUUCGAGCAUCUAUUGGAUCUCUUCAUUCAGGAUCAUCAGCAACAUCUUCUGUUAGUACAAGCACUUCCACAUUUCAGUUAUCACCUAAAGCUAGAAAUACAGCCACUAAAAAUCAUAACAGAUCUAAUACAAGUAGAUCAAAGGCAAAAUCAAAACCAACUGCAUCGAAGAAGCAAAAUGUGUGGACCAACAGCAAAAAAAAAAAAGAAAUUGCAAAUACAGCAUUGCAUAAUCUAAGGUGUCGUUUGGGAGCUCACAAAUGCAUUGAGUGUUACUCAGAAAUAAAAGAUUUUGCAAGCCAUUUUCCUGCUUAUGUCCACUGUAGCUUAUGCAGAUACAACACUAGCUGUAGCAAAGCCUAUGUGAAUCACAUGAUGAGUUUUCACAGUGCUCGUCCAAGUAAAAGAUUUUGGAUCUAUAAGAAGCAUUCAGAAGAGCUACGAGGUGUGACUGUAGUAUGUCUUAACUGUGAUUUUCUGACUGAUGUUUCUGGCUUGGAUAGCAUGGCCACACAUCUGAGUGAAAGCCACACUCACACUUGUCAAGUUAUUAUAGAGAAAGUUUCUGUAGAUAUCCCAGCUGCUGAACAAGUAUCUGACAAACAAGAACAUGACUCUUCAGAUGAAACAAAAGAAUGCAAAAGAAACCAAACUAAAAAAACUGUAUCAGCUGAAAAGAAAGAAGAAAAUUCAUCGCUGUCAAAUACAGGAAUUUUUCCUAGUUCAGAACUCCCUGACAACAGCUCAAAGAAUUUUUUGCAUGAAAAAGGAGUAUGUUGUGAUUCAGAUAAUAACAAACAGUUAUUAGAUGAGAAGCAGAAAUGUAUUAAUGAUGAAAGUGAGUUGAAAACUUGCCAGAGUUCAGAUAAUGUUGUCUUGAAUGAGCAGACUAAAAUACAUAGCUUGGAUGAAACUACACUUUCAGCAAUGAACGCAAGGGAUUUAAAACUAACAUUGGGUGAAGAUGUUAGUUUUGAGCAGUUCUUGAGGAAAAGAGAUGACCCUGAAUCCGUUAGUUCAGACAUCAGUGAACAAGGCAGUAUUCAUUUGGAGCCUUUGACUCCAUCAGAAGUACUAGAGCAUGAAGCUACUGAAAUCCUUCAAAAAGGUAAUGUUGCACCUUCAUCAAAGAAAGCUGGACAGCUCUCUGAGCAAACAGAUGAGACUUCUAAAGAAAGCAGUCCCAACAGAAUGGAAACAACUGUAAACAAGACAGAUGAAAAUGAAGAAAGCUGAAAUUAUGUUCAUUUUAUUGUUUGUUAUAAACAAUGCUAAGAACACCAUGGACCAUUCCUGAUGAGUGUGCUCACUGAUGCUAACAAUUAAAAAUGAAAAAGCAGGAGGGGGAGAGGAAGGAGAGAAAGAGACACUAAAGGGAAGCUUUGCAUAUGAAGGUAGCAUGUAUGUGUAUGUACAACUGAAUUAACUAAAUUUACAAGAGGUAGCACGUUCAAAUUUAUCUUCCUGUCUCUUGGAUGUGUUAUAUCUUAUUAGAUUGAUAUUUGAAAGGAGUAAUAAAUUCUAAUUUUUAUAGUUAACUAGCCCAGGAUAAGGUGAUUUGUUUGCCAAGAAGAUAUUUUUUUAAAUCCUUCAGUGUGAAUAUCAUUAAACUGUGGAAUUAUUAUGAAUUCACUUCUGAUGCUGAAAUGGAGCACACUUGUAAUGAUGGUUAUUGGUCUGCUGAUAAUUUGGGUAAACAUAAACCUUUGGACUUGGUGUCACAUUCCUGUCUGUAAAAGCAUGUAAACAGAAUUAUACAAAGCUAUGCACCUCUGUACAGGUGUAAUCCUGCCAGGCUGUAAGCUUACCUUAAUAAACUUUCAGUGAAAGUGGAAUUAUUACAAUAAAAAUAUAUAUUUGUGGGGUUUUCAGUGCGGGCUGUGCAGAAAUACUGAACUUAAUAGCAUAAAGUAGAACAUACUGCUGAAAGUACUCUAGCUGUUAGGCUUUUACCAUUGUUUAAUUAUUCUUAACUGUAGACCCAUAGGAAUGGUCUGUAAGUCACACCAAAGUACAGUUUUAUGUAAAACCUGUUUUAAGCAAAAAGAAGGAAAACCCCAAACUGGAAACACCAACUGGCAUGUAUUCUGCUGUUUUGCAGCUGCUACUGGCUAACUGUUAGAAAAAGGAGACAAGGGCAUAUAAAGUAGAAUUGUACAGUUCAAAUUUAGGACUUUUUGUAGUCUAAAUUGUGUACAGAAAGAUGGCUGCUGGGGUUUUUUUUGUUUUAAUUUGUGGGGUUUUUUUGUCUUCUAGUUAGCAGCUAGAUUUAGGAAUGCAUAUGAUUAGUGGUAGCUUGCUCUUAUGACUUCAUUGCUCCAUUUGAAACAUUCAGAAUGUGCUUUUGAAUUACAGUUUUGUUUCUAAUGAAUGUUAAAUGUUUUGAACAGCUGUUAAAGUACUGCUGUAAAUUAUUACUUUUUGAGUAAAUAUUUGCAACAAAA